AUGGACGAAGAAGGGUCGCGUUAUUCGUUGGUUGUUCGAAAUUUACAGGAGGUUGUCGGGGAUGCGGAGCUGCGGUCCUAUCUCAGUGGUGAAAAGGCCAUGGAGGUAUACUGGGGCACCGCGACUACAGGAAAACCGCACGUCGCCUACUUUGUGCCCAUUAUAAAGAUUGCUGAAAUGCUCCACGCUGGUCUCAAGGUGACAAUCCUCUUCGCCGAUCUGCACGCCUACUUGGACAACAUGAAGUCGCCAUGGCAUAUUUUGUACCAUCGAGCCACUUAUUAUGAGACCAUCAUCAAAGGCAUGUUGGAGGCUGUUGGUGUGCGCCUCGACCGACUUCACUUCAUCCGCGGUUCAGAAUAUGAGCUCUCGAGAGCCUACAGCGAGGACGUGUACAAGAUUUCAGCUGACACCAGCAUCCGUGACGCUCGCAAGGCAGGUGCUGAGGUUGUCAAGCAGGUCUCAAACCCUCUCGUGUCCGGUCUCCUCUACCCCUUGUUACAAGCCCUUGACGAGGAGUACCUGCACGUGGACGCUCAGUUCGGUGGUGUUGAUCAGCGCAAAAUUUUCAUGCUUUGUGAACGGAUUCUGCCCCGCCUUGGCUACAAAAAACGCGUCCACCUGAUGAACCCCAUGGUGCCCGGUCUAACGGGGGGCAAGAUGUCCGCGUCGGAGGCCGACUCAAAGAUUGACAUGCUCGAGUCCAGUGAAAGCGUGCGCCAGAAACUUGCCAAAGCCUCCUGUCCGCCUGGCCAAACCGCCAGUGACGGCAAUGGGGUGUUGGCCUUCGUGAAGUUUGUCAUCUUUCCCAUGGCCCACCUUUCCGCCUCCUCCACUGGCUUGAAGGUUGGCGAUCGCGUCUUCACCACGUACGAGGAGCUUGAAGCGGCCUACGUGGCCGGUGGCGACGCCGGCGUGUCCGCGGACGCGCUGAGGACCUGCGUCUUCGACCACCUCGACUCCCGGAUGGAGGUCGUGCGCAGGAAGUUUGCUCUGCCCCAAUUCGCCAGCCUCCCGAGCGACGCCUACCCCACCGACGACGACAAGACCCACGUCGAGGAGUCACGCAGCACCGCCUCGCUCACUGCUGCACACGACGACCGCAUGGCCAGCAUCAUUGCUCGGCUCGCUACGACCGAGCAACACCUGGAGCCCUUUGAAGAUGUGCACGCCGUCGCCAGCCUCCUGGCCGGUGUGAACGUCGCCUCGUUGGCCGAUCGUCUGACUGCCACCGGGCGAAAGUGCCUCCGCUGCUUGUGGUCCGUCUCGCCCGGCGGACUGCCCCACCUCGGACACACUCUGCCGCUUCGUGUCCUCGCCCGCCUAUCUCGCGUUCCUGGAGUUCACGUGAUCAUCCUGGUCGACGACAUCACAGCCUUCCUCGAGGGCAACUGUUCGUGGGAUCUGCGCGAGCCUCGUUGCGUCUUCGUGGAAACCAUGCUGCGUGCUGCCUUCAAGUCCUUUGAGGGCAAUGACAAAGCCCUCACGGUGUUCCGGGGCCACGAGUACAAAUGCGAGGGGACGUACAUGCUGGAUCUGUAUCGAUUGGUGAGCUACGUACCGGAACGCGACGCGGUCCUCUGCAGCGGAAUGUCCCCCGCGGCUCUCCAGGCGUCCGACGACUCCGAGGGCCCCGGCGUCGGUCUCAAUCUCUCCUCCCUCCUUCUCCCCUGCACAUCCCUCCUUGACACCUACCACCUCGGGGCCGACCUGCGUCUCGCCAGUCCGCACAAAACCCAAUGGCACCUGACAUUCGCUAGACAGUUCCUUCCACUCUUCGAUGCCCACUGCAAACUUCCUGUUUUCGCCACCCACCCGAUGCUCCCGUGUUUGUCUGCCUCGGUGGAGGGUGACGCCUCCGCGUUCAUGACGUCCUUCGUCCCGACCCUGCGCGAUCCCCGCGUCGCUCAUUCGGUCUCCGCGCAGGCCGUGAGCAAGGCGGCGGCUGACCGGUGCCUGCCCCUGGUCGAACCCCCUCCCCCUGGUGUGUCUGCCGUCUCUCUCUUACCGGGACUCAAAAAACGCCUCAAACAGAGCUUCUGUGAGCCUGGAAACGUGCUCACCAACCCCCUGCUCGAGAUCUUCAAGUUGGUUGUCCUUCCCGAGCUGAAGCCCCAAGGCAAGACGUCCUGA